UCCUGUCAUGAUUCCCGGGAAAUACCGCUCAGUUUCUGGCCGCUCUGCCAACAACGUGAACUGUGGACUUCAUCUUGUUAUUCAGACAUCAUCGCUUCCUGAAAGAAACAAAGUUGAAUUCAGGGUAAAUAAAGAAACUUCACCAUUUCCUGGUCGACUCUUACAACAUGACCUUGAAAGAAACUACUCAAGUAGACAAGGUGAUCAUAUUAAUUUGGUGAGUUCAUCAAUGCCAUCAUUUCCCAUUCUUCAACGUUCUUCUGAAGAGAAAAUUCUUUACUCAGACAGGUUGACUCUAGAAAGGCAAAAGCUGACUGUAUGUCCUAUUAUCGAUGGGGAAGAACAUCUUCGUUUAUUGAACUUUCAACACAAUUUUAUAACUAGGAUCCAAAAUAUUUCUAAUCUACAGAGACUAAUAUUCUUGGAUUUAUAUGAUAACCAGAUUGAAGAAAUCAGUGGGCUUUCUACUUUAAGAUCUCUCCGUGUCCUUCUAUUGGGGAAAAACAGAAUAAAGAAGAUAUCAAAUCUGGAGAAUUUAAAAUGUUUAGAUGUCUUAGACCUUCAUGGAAAUCAGAUUACCAAAAUUGAAAAUGUCAAUCAUUUGGGUGAUUUGAGAGUUUUAAAUCUUGCCAGGAACCUUUUAAGUCAUGUUGAUAAUCUUAAUGGACUGGAUUCAUUAACUGAACUUAACCUGCGACACAAUCAGAUCACUUUUGUGAAAGAUGUGGAUAAUUUGCCCUGCCUCCAACGUCUAUUUCUCAGCUUCAACAAUAUAACUACUUUUGAGAGUGUUUGCUGCCUUGCUGAGUCCACUUCUCUCUCAGACAUCACUUUUGAUGGCAAUCCAAUAGCUCAAGAGUCAUGGUACAAACACACUGUCCUUCAGAAUAUGCUGCAGCUGCGCCAGCUAGAUAUGAAGAGAAUCACGGAAGAAGAAAGACGUAUGGCAUCUAUUGUAGCCAAAAAGGAGGAAGAGAAAAGACGGGAAAGUCAUAAACAAUCUUUGCUUAAGGAGAAGAAAAGAUUAACAAUAAACAACAUAGCUCGAAAGUGGGACUUACAGCAACAUCGAAUAAUCACUAUUGCUGCAGAUCAAGAUAGAAAAGAUUCUGACUCAUCUACUCAGGAGCCCUGUCAGAUCGAUGGAGGAACCAUUUCUACAUUUCCAGAGGAAACAGGGUCUCUGGACUCAGGACUCAGCAAUGCUUUACAAGAUUUAUCUGUCACAGAUACACACCUGGUUGAAGUGGAUGGAGAUACACUUUCCUUGUAUGGCUCAGGGGCCCUAGAAUGUCUGGAUCGGAAUUGGAGUGUUCAAACAGCAGGAAUGGUGACCACAAUCUCCUUUACUUUCAUUGAAUUUGAUGAAAUAGUUCAAGUGCUUCCCAAAUUGAAGAUUAAGUUUCCUAAUUCUCUGCACCUUAAAUUCAAGGAAACGAAUCUUGUAAUGCUGCAGCAGUUUAAUGCACUAGCACAACUUCGUCGUAUUGACCAAUUGACAAUUGAUCCUCAAGGAAAUCCAGUUGUCAAUUUUACACUCUGGAAAUAUUAUGUUCUAUUUAGACUGAGCCAUUUUUGUAUGCAGAAAAUAAAUGGAACAGAGGUGACACAGAGUGAUAUGAUAAUGGCCGAAAGGCUCUUUGGAAUCCUAGCACACGUAGCAUCUUCUGAAUUACCCCAGUACCGUAUGAUUUCAAUUCUGGGUGAUGCCAGGAAGAAACAAUUCCGGUAUCUGUUAGAAACCAAAGGAAAAAAGCCUAUUCUUAUCAAUGAAGAAAAUAAUGAUAGCAAAAGACUUGUAGGAGAAAACACAAACCGUGCCACACUAAAUUAUACCACAAGAGAAUUCUACAAUGAAAAGCUAGAGGAAAUAAAGGAAAAGAAGAAAUUUUGCAAAAUGUAUAUAGAAGACCUUGUGAAAGAAGCAACAGAAAUCAACAUGAAAAACGAGGCUUUACAGAAACUUUGGCCACAAAUGUUCAUUGAGCUUGUUAGGGAUGCCGUCAUAGAAAUCCGCAAUAAAAAUUCCUAUAUGAAGCUUUGCCUGCAGCAGAUAGCUGAACAAAAGUAGAAAUGGCUUUAGUUACAAUUGAUUUCUGCUCUUUUAUGGCUUUGAAGGUUGAAAUAGAUUCAACAUGUUAAAACAACAACAGCACAUCCUGCAAACUAGAAAGGCUAACAUCAGAACAUUAUUACCUGUUAUAAAGGUUAGGAAGCAAGGAAAAUUAGAGGGAAGAUUAUCUCACAAUGGCCACACAGGGUGGCAGCUCAGUCAUGUUUCCAGCUAGCUUGAGCCUUUGUGGUGUGUUCUGAUUUUGGCUUUGAUUGGUUACCCCUGCUACAGCCCAAAAUACAUCCUGUUUGCUCCUGGUUGAGCAUGAGUUACUUCUGCCUACUUUCAGCUGAUAAUAUCUGGUUAUUUGCCUUUCUAUUUUAUGCCAUGAUUUCAAAGCCUCAAAGAAAUGUUCUUUUCUAUGAUGAAGAAUAAACUUAUUUUAAAAAUUGGUAUGGAAA